GGGAAGGUUGUUCAAUACGGCGGCAUACGCGGCGUAUACGUAACGUUGAAAAGAACAUGACUCUUUCGUGAAACGAGUGAAGGUGUACGGCUGCAAAUUACCAAACGGUGUGGUCCUCGCCGAGUGCCUGAUCAAUUAUAACCCCUCACCAAGCCAUUGACUAACCUGUUUUUUGGGUCAAAGUUGUUUGAUUUCGUGCAAAAACAGUUGGCGUAAACAAAACGUGUCCAAUCACUGGAAUCAACAUCUAUUGCUCUGCCUGGAAAUUGCGUCAGGCUCACGCAGCUUCCAUGGCGGUUUCGUGGGAAACUAGCGUUGCUGCUCUGCGACAUUCACCGUUCUGAGUUGGCCCCAGUUGCACGUGGGCCAGCAUUCAGUUUCGGUGCCAUUUUCACCCCGAGUGCCAAGAGCAGACUAUAUAGUAGAAUAUAAACCAUAAAUAACUGCCUUACGGGUGGCAGCUUGUAAUCAGCCAGCCAAUUUACCCAUUCCCAUUCCCCCAAGUGCGUGUCGUCGCCGAGGAGCCCUGUGAUUCGGCUUUUGUGCAACUUUCUAACGUGUAAUUGAAAUUAAUGAUCACUGUGCGGCUGACUCUGUAAUUCCGGUUUCGAUCAGCGGAAAAUAAAUGUAAUGCCUUUCAUUGAAUUAUAAAGAAAUCGCGACACUUCUCUUUAUUAAAGUGUCAGAGUGACUGACACCCUAGAGACGAAAAUAUCACUCAAAGAUUACGAAAUUCAUCUCACAAAUUGAUGUGUCUCAGCCAGGUGUGAAAUAUUGUCCAGGGAAGAAAGCGAAUGUUUUCCUGCGAGAUUCAACUGAGAGCAGCUCCCCAGGGCACUGAUUUAUUUAUUUAUACGUGUUUUUGGCAAAAAUUUUAAAGUGCGAGGUUUUUGUAAUAAAUAAGUGGAGCCUGGAACUUGUUAGCCCUUAGCUUGUGUAUUUCUUUUACACUGUAUUCCCUUGGGGUACCAUAAAAUAUGGCUUAAUCAAAGCGCUCGUUUUCACCAAAAAUGUACACUCAUCGAAGUCCCACUUCCAGAAUGCAAAAUUGAUUGCAGCUCAUCAGCAGCAAUUGGGGGAACAGAAAACAGCAUGCGAAGGAAAAAGAAAUGUGAAUUGAAUGCGGCUAAAUACCAAACUCGACUUUAGUGUGCCAAUUGUGCUGUGCGAAAUGCUUUUAGUGUCGCGUUGUUCGUGCCUAUGUUGUGAUUACAUAAUGAGACGCUGCUGAAAGUCAAAGUCAAAGCAAGAAAGAAGUCCCAGUGGCCGAGCCAAGUGCCAAGUGUAUGAAAGCCAGCAGCCAGCCAGCCAUCUCUCAAAGCGCCGCAAGUAACUCAGUCGAAGCAGAGGGAACCCCAAAGGACGAAGGACCAUCCAUAUCCAUCCGCAGGACUCCAAAGACUCAAAAGGCUUGGGAAGCUCGAGGAUGCCCUUCGGCCGCAAGUCCCCGCUGGAGGCCCUGGCCCUCCCCGGCGUGAUGCUCGCCUACAAGUACAGCCAGUUCCGGCAGCGCCGACGGGAGGCCGCCAGCCGACGGGUCACCGAGCGCGAACUCUCCGCGCUGCACCAUAAAAUCGACAAGCUGCUGAGCAAACUGGAGGAGGAGAGUGAACCGGAUCCGCCCACUUCACAGGAGGAUGAGUGUGUGAUCUGCAUCAACGCGCGGGCCACCAUGCAGACCUCUCCGUGUGGCCACCGCGUCGUCUGCCGGCGCUGCUUUGUGAAGACGAUCCAGAGUGCGGUGGCUCAGCGGCUCCUGCCCCUGCGUUGCGUCAUCUGCCGGGCACGGGUGAACCGGCUGACCUCGUCCUCGGGCACCUGGCGCAUCCAGGAGUCGGCCAGCAGCUACUCGAUGGGCGCCAAAAGCUGGGCCUCCGCCGGAGUGGCCGCCGGCGGGGUGGUUCCUUCGGCCAGCUCCUACUCGAUGAACGAUGCGCACAGCGGGCACCACUCGUUCCACCAGCCCACUUUGCACAAGUCGGCGGUGGGGCGACACCACCCGCACCACUACACAUCCCGCGGAGCAGGAUCAGCCCACACUGCCCAUGCUCGGGUCUCCCAGUCGGACAGCCUGUACUCGAUGAGCUCGACGGGAUCGGCGGCCUCGUCGGCCUCCGGCUACUCUCACUACUCCAAGACGUCUUCCAACGGUCCCUGCUCACCGGCCUCGCCGGCCGUGGCUUCCACUUCCAGCUCCCAUCACCUGGCACCGCCAUCGCCCACCACCAACCACCAUCAUCCACAACACGGCUUGGCCUCGCCCACUCCCUCAGGAUCAUCGGGAUCCUCCCUUUCGCCGAGGGAGAAUGGGAACUCCUCGCAUUCGCAUUCGCACUCACAUCAUGGUGGCUGUCCCAGUGGCUGCUCUGGAGCCGUGCCCAGGAAACCACUGCAUGUGCUCACCAACUGCUCCUCCACGCCUGCAUCCGCCGCUUCCUCCUCCAGCGGAAGUGGCCACAGUGGAACGGGCGGAAUCGGAAUCGGAAACGGUAACGGAAACGUUACCAGCGGCAUGAUGACGCCAACGCAUACGUAUCCGGGUCGAAGGCACGUGAAGAACCGACUGAUGGACAUCCAGAACCGCCUGCCGCCCAUCAAGGAGUUCCGCAGUCCGGCCAAGGUGCCGCAUCCCUCGCCCGUGCAUGUGAGCAAUCCCAGAUUUCGUUACUCCACUUAUACAAAGUCCAGUGCCCACGAGCUGGCUCCGCUGCUCAGGGAGUCCGGAUCGCCACCGCCGUCACGUCGGCCCAGUCCCAUGAACAUCCAGCUGAGCUGCUCCGCACUGGCCCCGCCCCCCUUGAAGGCGGGCGGGGCAAAGAUCUGCCCGCUGACCUCGAAGAAUUCGCUGCCCAAAAACGCUUACGUGAUGCCCAAGGAUAAGAAGUUGCCAGCUUCUGUUCCGCAGGGGAAAACUACUGGCACUGCCUCCAAGUUGACUCCACAAGGAGCAGGCUGCUCGAGGGCCUCUGCAGGAUGUGCUGCUGCCGGCAGUUCGGGAUCAACAGGAAGUGGAUCUGGACACGGCCCAGCCGGUAAUGGCAAUCCCAAGCCCACGUCAAGCUCUUCCAGUCGCAGUUUUCCGCUUUUCUCCGCCGCCAGCAAUCAGAGAGAGAAAGCUGACAAUAAGAAGAACGAGUCCGUUGAGCGCAAGAAGAAGGAGGAAAAGAUCAAGCUGAAAGCCGAGAAGGAAGCCAGGAAGGAGGAGAAGCGACUGGCCAAGGAGGAGGAGCGUCUGGCCAAGCUGCAUGCCAAGGAGGAAAAGAAACGGGGGAAGAAGGAGGCCAAGGAGCUGCUGUUGGCCAACGAUGGAAACAGCAAGAAGUGAAAGUGAAUGUGAAAGUCCCCCACUUCACUACCCAAUUAGCCAGAAAAAACGCAUAUUUCCAGUUGCAAUUCUAGCCGUAAGACCAUAACCAAGUACCCGAACCCCUACUAUAUCAGAUCGGAUCGGAUCGGAUCGAAUUAGAUCGCCAUCUCUCACACCUCAACAUCCACACAUGAAACGAGCUUGAUUGUAUUUUUAGAAUAAUAUUUUGUCAGUUAGCCAUUAAUCGUUUCUAUAAGUUAAUAACCAAAAAGGAAAAGCACAAAACCAAUUAUUAAAAAAGGAAUAUCCAAGCAACAUGUAACUCUUUAAAUACAAACAUUUAGUAAAAAGUCUCUAUAUGAUUUUCUUCAUUUAAAAAAAAAUAAUAUUUUUGAUUUUACCAUUUUAAAAAAGAUUUAAGAAUAGAUGGUUAUGGAAAGCCAGCAUAUUAUUUUUUAAUUCAUUUUACUGUUUAUAUUGUUUUCUUAAAUUUCUGGUAAGAAAGUUUAUAUUUGGACAU